GCUCCCACAGAAAAGUGAUCUAGCACCAGUAGAAUGUCGGAAAAAGAACCCAAAGACUCAAACAGCCACAACGUGGACUUGAGAAAGCUGGUACGCAACGCCUGGCUCGUAAAAAUACCGAAAUUCGUAGCCCAAAAAUGGGAAGAGGCUCCCAUCGGCUCAGAAGUGGCCAGACUCAGAAUCACAUCGCCACCCAAGGAGGUAUUUCUCGAAUUAUCCCCGCGUGUAAUGAACGUAAACCCCGAAAAACCGCCUGAAGUCCCGAUGAAUUACGUGGUGGACAUCACACCGGUCGAAAAGGAGAAGAUAAUCGUGUUUUCCGAAGACGUGCCCUAUCAGGGGAUUACACCGGUCGGGCCUCUUAACAUGGAGAUGGAGUGCAACAUCAUCCAGCGUCUGUCGUGCAGGCCGAACCCCAAGGACAUGUACAAGAAGGUCAUAUCGAACGUCAAAACGGCAUCCCUGUCCAGCAACAAGGUGCAGAUACUGGACAGGGCUGUGACCAAGUUCAAGCCGGUAUCCGACCACCAAAACAACAUAGACUACAACAGGUGGAAGAAGACAGAGGGCAGGAGGGUGCGUGAAGACAAAGACGUCGUCCUGCAAAUGCUGUUCAAGGUCUUCGAGAACCACCAGUACUACAACAUCAAGGACUUGGUAAGAAUCACUAAGCAGCCGAUAGGCUACCUCAAGGAGAUCCUCAAGGAGUACUGCGUCUACAACAUGAAGACUCCCCACAAGUACAUGUGGGAGUUGAAACCUGAAUACAGACACUACACCCCAGAAGCUGCUGCUGACAAUGACGAGUAUUCUGAAGUUGAAGACUGAUUAUUUAUUUAAUGUUCACUUUACUGUUUCUUAGUUAUAAAUAAAUAAAUUUAAUAUUUCAAUAUU